ACGGGCAAACUGCUGCGGAGUGAGUCAAAUGACAGAUUCAUCCCCAAAGUGGCUUUUUAAAAGUGCUCUUAACCUUACUUUUUCAGCCUGCUACUCGGUCACAGUUCAUUGUUUUAGUUCUCUUUUCGUCAUUUGAAACAAUGAGCAUCCCAGUGGUGGACUUCAGCGCCUUCAGCCUCAACGUGGAGGACAUUUCUACUGCAGAUUUGGACCACCUGAGCAGAGACAUAAGGAAAGCGUUUACCGAAGUGGGCUUCGUCUUCCUGGACAACACUGGCAUCACUCAGGCGGAGGUGGAUCGUGUUAUGGGCGCUUCCAGGAGGUUCUUCCUGCAGCCUGACCACUUCAAGAAGCUCUUCCGAAGGAAAACCUUCCCUAGCUGUCCCCUGCAUGGCUGGAUACCCAUAGAGACUGAAAGGGUGAAUCCAGAAACACCAGGAGAUCUAAAAGAGUCGUUCAACAUGACUUCACUACAUCCUGACAUAAAAUGGCCUUCCCCUGAGAUUGCGGCGGGAUUCCAGGAGACCCAGACGGCUUUUUUUCAGCGCUGCAAAGAGCUGAGCCUACGGAUUUUGAAGGUGAUGGCCCACAGUUUGGAUCUGGAUCCCGAUGUGUUCCUGGGCGCUCACCGCUGGAUUGGAACUGAUGACAACACAACAACGCUGCGUUCGCUGUACUAUCCUCCGGUCAAGAGAGAGCUGGCCAAGGAGGGUCAGCUGAGAUGUGGCGAGCAUUCAGACUAUGGAAGCAUCACCUUGUUGUUCCAGGAUUCUGAAGGUCUGCAGGUGCAUGAACGCUCUGGUGAGUUCAUCUCUGCUCCCUGCAUCCCCGGGGCGAUUCUAGUCAACAUCGCAGACAUGAUGCAGCGUUGGACCAAUGAUAAAUUUAUCUCUGUGCUCCACAGAGUUUUGCUGCCCCCUGCUGGUGAUUCCACUACACGCCAGGCUCUGGCUUUCUUCGUCAUGCCUGAUGACCAGACGGUCAUCACCUGCACUGACGGAUCGGACAAGUACCCCCCAGUGCAGCUUAGCGCCUACCUGGCUGAGCGUUUCAGCUACAUCUACGCGGAUGAUUAGCACUAACGCCGCUCGUAUCGGACUGCCAAGUGAUGAAUUUAGAGAUGAUUCAAAACCCACGUCUUAACACUUGCAGGCUCGUUCACUUUAUUGCCACUCGAGACAUCAUGUGGUGGAAUGUGAGACAGGAAGCCAACAUUCAAGUUUAGAAAGGCACAAUUCACACUCAUUGCAAAUACUGUUAAUAAAGUAGCCUACUUCAAUAAUACGAACUUAAGAUAGAAAUACUUUUGAAUGACACUUUGGGAAACUGUAAAUGCCUGACCAAAGCCAGAUGGAAGCUUUGUGUUAAAUGAAUUGAAAUGUGUGUGGUUUGGCAUUUUGGGGAUUCCAAUUCUUCCAUCAGUUUCAUUAACCUCACAGAAUGUUUGGUUACUUUUACAGUAAAUAAACAUUAUCUGGCCUGAAAAAAUACUUUGAUUCAAAUAAAUUCCUCUGAGUGUGCGUGACAGCAGUAUAAAGUAAACAAAUUUAAUCCCUUCCUCAAAAGGGUGUCCUUUCUUCCACUGAGGUCCACAUACAAAUAAAGGAUGAGGGGGCCUCUCUGAUAUUAUUCACUUUUAUUCUAUUUUGUAUUAGAUGCACUAAAACCACUCCAGCGUAGGUCAAAGAAAUGCUAGGCCAUUACAUACAUUUCAAUAAUUAUUAUCCUCCAUAAUGUUUCAUGUUAUUUCUUAGGUAUAAAAUAUUUUCUAAUUGAUAACCACACUUUGGACACCCCUGCCAUAUUGGCUUGUAUAGGCCUAUCUUCAUUCAUCCAGUGGGGAUAAAAAAACGAAAACAUUGAGAGGACAUAACAUUGCAGUUACGACAAACACAUGCACACUCCCUGCUAUUAAGGCCCGUUUAGACUGUCCAGGCACAGGUGGGUCUUGUUGCUGGAUGGUUAGCGUCUGUCCGCUUCCAGGUUUAUGCUACAAAAACAAAAAAACAAAAUUACAACUGGUUGAAAUUACAUGACACCUGACCCCAGGCAUUGUCAUUGCAAAUUCAAAACUGGUACACUUCUUGGUCACGGAACAAUAUUGGAACGUGUAAGUAUGGAAGUACGCCUUCUUUUGAGUGCAUAAGUGCGUUCCUACUGAGAAGUAGGGCAAAAUGCAGUGCACUGUCAGUACCCGGAUGUUGCACUUAGCGCUCAAAAUGGGGGGUGGUGCAGUGCUGGACACUUGGCACUCAACAGUCGCCAUGUUGCAUAACAAAAAGGCCAAAGAAAAUCUAAAUGAAUUUGUGCAACAAAGUUGUCAGAGUGAUGUAAUGCUGACCUGUGUCUUCAGCCUGGACUUUCCUCAUCUGCAGAUCAUCCAAGGCCUUCAAAGAGAGAAGAGAAGCAGAAUGAAGCUUCUCAGACAUGAGCUGAACGCCGAUGACCCUAACCUGCUGAAGUUGGUGCUUCUGAGUGUCGAGUUCUUCCUGCUUCUUUUGGAGCUCCUCCCU